CGAAACAGUUGCACACAGAGAACACUUGCGUUUCAGGGAAGUGGAUAUCAGAAAGACAAACUCAUGAAACAUUCAUGAAGCACCUGUAAGAUCAGGAGAUCCCAGGAAAAGGGGUGUGUUGGCCUAAAAUGAGUUCCUGUGAAGAAGAGGACCGUGAGCCUGUGGGCCCCAUCCUGCAGAAGAGAUCAUCAUCUCCUGUACCGAGCUGUGUGUCCAUGAAGAGUGACCGGUCCAUGGAUCAACCAGGGAAAUUUGCAGAAGGAGGUGUUCCUGCUGGUCAGAGCCUCCUUCAGCCGAAGAGAUCACCAUCUCCUGUACCGAGCUGUGUGUCCAUGAAGAGUGAUCAGUCCAUGAGUCCUCCAUUGAACUUUGAAGGAGGAGGUGUUCGUGCUGGUCAGAGCCCCAUCCUGCAGAAGAGAUCACACUCUCGUGUACUGAGCAGUGUGUCCAUGAAGAGUGACCGGUCCAUGGAUCAACCAGGGAAAUUUGCAAAAGGAGGUGUUCCUGCUGGUCAGAGCCCCAUCCUGCAGAAGAGAUCAUCAUCUCCUGUACCGAGCUGUGUGUCCAUGAAGAGUGACCAGUCCAUGGAUCAACCAGAGAAAUUUGCAGAAGGAGGUGUUCCUGCUGGUCAGAGCCUCCUUCAGCCGAAGAGAUCACCAUCUCCUGUACCGAGCUGUGUGUCCAUGAAGAGUGACCGGUCCAUGGACCAACCAGGGAAAUUUGCAGAAGGAGGUGUUCCUGCUGGUCAGAGCCCCAUCCUGCAGAAGAGAUCACCAUCUCCUGUACCGAGCUGUGGGUCCAUGAAGAGUGACCGGUCCAUGAGUCCUCCAUUGAACUUUGCAGGAGGAGCUGUUCCUGCUGGUCAGAGAUACCAACUUGAUCUAAUUAAUAUGCAGCAGAUCCACAAAUCCCACCUGCUGAAGAAGUUUCGGUCUCUGAUUGAGGGAAUCCCACAGCAGGGAGACACCAGACUCCUCCAUGAGAUCUACACAGAGCUCUACAUCACAGAGGGGGGAGAAGGAGAGGUCAAUGAUGAACAUGAGGUCAGACAGAUAGAGAGGGCAUCCUGGAGAGAAGCAGCGCAAGGCAUCAAAUGCAGUGACAUAUUUAAACCUUUAUCUGACAAAGACAAACCCAUCAGAACAGUGCUGACAAAGGGAGUGGCUGGCAUUGGAAAAACAGUCUCUGUGCAGAAGUUCAUUGUGGACUGGGCUGAAGGAACAGCUAAUCAGGAUGUCCACUUCAUAUUUCCUCUUCCUUUCCGGGAGCUGAACCUGAUGAAGGAGAAGAAACUUAGUCUGAUGGAUCUUAUUCAGCACUUCUUCCCUGAAAUCAAAGAUCCAAGAGUCUUCACCAGUUCAGCACACAGAGUCAUGUUCAUCUUAGAUGGUCUGGAUGAGUGUCGACUUCCUCUAGAUUUCUGCUCCAACCCGACCUGUUGUGAUGUGACAGCACCAGCCUCAGUGGACGUGCUGCUGACAAACCUCAUCAAGGGGAAUCUGCUUCCUUCUGCUCUCCUCUGGAUCACCACCCGACCAGCAGCAGCCAAUCAGAUGCCUCGUAAGUGUAUGGACCAGAUGACAGAAAUAAGGGGAUUCAACAACCCACAGAAAGAGGAGUACUUCAGGAAGAGAAUCAGUGAUGAGAACCUGGCCAGCAGAACCAUCACACACUUGAGGUCAUCCAGGAGUCUCUACAUCAUGUGCCACAUUCCAGUCUUCUGCUGGAUUUCAGCCUCUGUUGUAGAGAGCACAUCAAAAGAAUCAGAGAGUGUAGAAAUGCCAAGGACUCUGACUCAAAUGUACAUACGCUUUCUCAUCAUCCAGACAAAUAUAAAAAAUGUCAAAUAUGUAGAGAGAAAAGAGACAGAUGAAGACGUGAUUUUCAAACUGGGGACACUGGCUUUCCAACAGCUGGAGAAAGGCAAUCUGAUCUUCUAUGAGGAAGACCUGAGAGAGUGUGGAAUCGAUGUCACAGAAGCAUCAGUGUAUUCAAGUGUGUGUACUCAGAUCUUCAGAGAGGAGUCUUGGCUGUACCAGGGUAAAGUGUUCAGCUUUGUGCAUCUGAGCAUCCAGGAGUUUCUUGCAGCUCUCUAUGUGUUCCUCUGCUUCAGCAAUAGACAGAGAAACAUGGCUGACCAACAGCAAACCUCUCAGCUCUCUGCUCUGUUCAGAGCUACAACACUUUAUGGCCUACACAAGACUGCAGUGGACCUUGCCCUACAGAGUAAGAAUGGACACCUGGACCUUUUCCUCCGCUUCCUUCUGGGCCUCUCACUGGCGUCCAAUCAGAAUCUCUUAAAGCACCUACUGCCACAGAGCAGCAGCCAAUCAGAUGCAGGACAAGCAGUGCAGUAUAUCAAACAAAACAUAAGAAAACAGAGUGAGUCAGACAGAAGGAUCAACCUGUUCUACUGUCUGAACGAACUCAAUCACCAUGCUGUGGUGGAGAAUAUUGGCUGGAGAUCAGAGACUCUGCGUGUAGACAUGCUCUUACCAGG